ACAAUUUCUAUAUUUUCAUGAAAGGUUUAUUUCACUAUAUGGAAAUUAGGUAUAUCAUAACUUAUAAUGAUUCACCUUUCACACCAAUUUUCUUUAUUUUAUUUAAUUUUAGAAAAUAACAUAUAACUCUUUAUUUAUAAUAUUUAAAUAACCAAUCUAACACUUUUGAAUAAGAACAAAUGAAAGUGUAUGUGGAGAAGUUUCUUUAGAGAGAGAAUGAAUGUGAACAUGAAUAAGGGGCACAUGAACAAGAACAUUUAUUAAAUUGCAAAAAAAAAAAAAAAAAAAAAAAAAACCCAAAUUAUUUGGAGGAAAACAACAACAUAGGUCACAGAUUUUUCAACCCUUUUGCCUCAAUUCAAUAUUUAUUUUUCUUUGCAAAAUCUAGGAAAGAAAAUAUUUGAUUCUGGUAAAGAAGAAUUCGUCACAAAAGUUAUUGAAAAGUUAAAAAGAAAAAAGAAAUCACUGAAUCUGGUUUGCUUUCCUGUAAAACUAUAUUCUUUACCUUCCUGUAAUUCUUUUCUCCCGUCUAUAUUACUCGAUUACAUAAACCCUGAUCAAACAUUUGGGCAACCUUUUCGAAUCCUUUUCAAGGUCAUUGUAAAAGGGUUCGCGAUCUUUCUCCAGGUUUUCCCUAUCAGGGGUGUAUGAUAAUUAAUUGCAAAAUUUCUGGAUUCUAACAAAUAAUUCAAGUACUUGUUCUUGAUCAUGGGAAAUGAUCGGAUGUUCUUCAUCGACCCAGAUGGUGGUUCGAGUGGCAUUUUUCCCAUGGACCCACUUCUGCCACACAGUUAUAUUACAUCUUUAGUUGACAAUUCCCGAUUUCUUUACAUACCCGGAAGUUUGGUACUUCAAGAUGCUUUCAACUGCAUGUCGAAAUUCGCCGGUGCGUUAGUUUUAUGGCUCGGUAGCGGUGGAUCGAAUUCCAGAAUAAAUAGGAGAUUAUCGGGCGGUUCUCAUUCUAAUUGCUCUGUAAAACACAUUUCUUCUGUAAGACACGAUUUGACUGGAUUUUUCUUGAAGUCAAAACAUCGAACGAAAUGGCAGAUUCCAGUGGUGCUUGUCAAUUUAUCAAAUUUGGCCAUGAAGCACAUGUGUAAAGAGGCUGAAAGGCUUCCAUCGUUUCAUAUGUUAUCUUUGGCUGCUGCAUUGGUUCCCCCAAUUACUAAUAUAUCUUCCAAUUUUCUAGCUGUUCCGUUGGAACACAGUUCUGUGGAAGCACAGAAAUGCAUGGAUCAAAGGCCUUGUGAGAUUGAAAAUCGAGGAAGUGGGCCCCGCAACGAUCUUCCCAUUCAGCAUUUAGCUUACGCUAAAUCAAUCGAGCCCAGAACUGGGGUAGAGUUUCCUACCAUGUUGGACUACACUAUGUCUGGAGAAAGUGAUUCCGGUUUCACUCCAGAGGUCCUCGUUGGUACUGGAUCAAGAACUAUGACGAUUAUAAGAAUCAAAUCUCUCAAAGUCUACGCAUUUGGUUUCUACGUUCAUCCAUUCGACGUGUGUGAGAAAUUGGGCCAGAAGUAUUCUUCCAUUCCAGAAUAUGAAUUGAACAAGCGCCAAGAUUUUUACCAGGAUCUUCUAAGGGAGGAUAUCAACAUGACAGUUAGGCUUGUUGUUAGUUGCAAUGGAAUCAAAAUCAAUACUGUGAAAGAUGCUUUUGAGAAGUCUCUUCGUGCUCGGUUAACAAGGACAAACCCUAAUGCUGAUUUUAGCUGCCUACAAACAUUUGGUUCCAUGUUCUCACAGGACAUUCCCUUACACGUGGGUACAACAAUAAACUUCCGUCGCACAGCUGAUGGACAACUAAUUACUGAAAUUGGAGGGAAUAACAUUGGAGCAGUCCAAAGCAAAGAUUUGUGCAGGGCCUUUUUCGACAUGUAUAUUGGUGAUAUUCCUAUCUGCGAGCAAACGAAAGAAGAAAUUGGAAAAAAUGUAGCAAGUAUAAUUAGGAUGUGCUGAAUCAAGAACAAUUAUUUUUCGAAUUAUUCCUGGUUAUAUACUUGUCUUGAUUCGUUAGAGGUAGAUACAAAAAGGUCGUAGUUGAAUAUAGAGCAAGCCCUUUUUAUAGUGGGGUUUCUCGCUCAAGAUUUCCCGAUUUUCACUUGUUUCCGUGUAUGAUUCUUUGUAGCCCGACCAUUGUAGCAAUUAUCUUCAAAAAUUUAUCAAAUUGAUUCUGAAAAUUAGUAGUGUGUCCCAAUUUCCUCCAAUGUUGCAUUAUUUUCUCGAGCGAAAUCGAUUUAUGUACAAAGUAGUUGUGAAUAAAUAUUUGUGUUUUAACCUA